AUGAAUAAUUCAAUAGCAGCAUCGACAGCUGCUUUAUCGGAAAACUUAACCUCAUUCUUUUAUCAAAAUUUAAUCGUUCAUAUUCAAGCAAUUCAACAUCAAAUUAUUGAAAUUACAAAACAUCUUGAUAUUAAAUGGAACAAUAAAAAGAUACGAAAGAAAUUAAAAUCACGUUCAAUAACAUUUAUUGAUCCAUAUGGAAAUCUAAUAACUAAUGAAUAUAUGGACCAUGAAUUAAUCAGUACAUUGUUUAAGAAGUACAAGAAGAAUUAUGUACCAAAAUAUUUACACAAAUGGAUUAAAAUUGGAAAAAUGAAUGAUAAUAUUAUCUUACCUUUAAAAGAUUAUGAACUAAAAUCACCUGUAUCCAAAUAUCCUGAUGGUUAUCAACUUAUUACAUAUGGUGAAUUGAAUGUUUUCAUAGAAUACCGUGAAGAUAUAAUACCUGAAAAAUUUCUACUAUAUGUUUUGUUAACAGAUUCUAUAGAAAAAAUAAAAAUACAAUUAUAUAAUCUUCGAAAACUACCGAACACAGAACUGACAUUGUCUAUAUUAGGUCGAAGUUUUCAAAUACUUAAGUCCAAUGAUACGGUAUUGUCACGUCAGUUAUAUGAAGAAAAUCAUAUCAUCACAGCACACGUUUUGCAAGAAAAAAUCGAUACUGCAGAACCCACAUCUUAUUUUAUGAUUCUUGUGAAACUUCUUACUGGACGCACACUCAUGUUAUAUGUCAAUUCUGAUAUGACUAUAGCUAAUGUAAAACACUUAAUUCACGAGAAAACAGAUAUUCCUAUUGAUAAUCAACGCGUAAUAUUUACUGGAAAACAACUUGAUAAUGACAGAACUCUUUCAGAAUAUAAAAUAGAACAUCUAGCUACACUUCAUAUGGUAGAACGAUUACGUGGUGGAAUGUAUCAUUUUACUAGUGGACGAAUAGAUUUUGAAGAAAUGACAUAUACAGGCGCUGUUGAACCUAUUAAAAAUAUUCUUGCAUUCGAUUUUAAACAGUUGAAUCAUCCUGAACUUGUAUCAAUAACUGAACUACAAAAUCUUGUUUUACAAGGACAAGUUCUUCUUUCAAAAUUAUAUAAUAUAAUUAAUGAAACUUUUAUAUUUGAUGAUGUUCCAAAUUUAAAAAACAUUAUAUUAUUGAAUGUUGCUGAUAAUGAAAAUGAUUGUGAAGAUGAUCAUGAUGAUGUUUCAAAUGAACGAUUAUAG